GAUCUACAGUAUGUUCUCUGCACGAGCCAUCCUCCUUUGCAUACUUCUAGUCUUUAUACAAGCUUGUAGAGAGGGUGAUGCACGAGUCGUUAAGCAAAUAGCAUAUGGCAGAAAUAUACCGGCAUGGCGAUCUUCAAUUCGGGUUAGGCAGGUACAAGGGGACUUCCCACGCUUGUCGGCAUUCUACGGUGGUGGUGGAGUUCGUCCGCAGCUUCUCAAUUUCUACAAACGGUCUGAAGAAAUGUACGAUCCAGCAGAAGAGAACUAAUUGUAAACAGCAAUAGUAGAUCUCAAAGCUUCGAUUAUCUAUGGUGUGAUCUCUUUGCACAAC